UCAGACAAGGAAAACGUGUGCAUAGAAUCUGAUUUCAAAUUAUUUUCCAAUGAAAUUUAAUGGGUAAUAGAUAUAGGAUGAAUUUUUUUUCCCCAGACAGCUUCUUUUUGAAUGCCAUCUGUAAAUUGUGAUUCAGAGACAAGAGACUCAAAUAUGAAUAAUGUUUGGUCUACGUCUGGGCUUUUGCCUACAAGCAAAAUCCAAGCAACAGUUCUCUUGAAGACUGGGGCUACACGGGAGUUCAAGGAUACCAGAUACAAUUCCCUUUGGUUGUGGAGGAAGAAUUUUGCUUGCAGAGGCAGUGGAAUGCUUCAUGACCUUUGGACCAAAGGACGUGUGGAAAUCCUGAGGGAUCUUAGAGCCCCCAACAUGCAGGCAGUCCUGUAACCACCAUCUAGAAGACAGCAGCCAGGAAAUUCUGUGAGACCUUUGAGACUUUUGUCUUCAGCUCCAAAGCUAACCCAUAAAGAAAGGCAUAAAGAAAGGCAUGGAGAAAGUGUUAUCUGUUGUGGAUUUUUCAUCAUGGAGGUCUGCAUAUUCUUUCUUUUUACCAUAAUACUUCUCCCAGGUAUUGCUGCCAAUGUACAUCACGUGAAGUCAUUUCUCAAUCACACUGCAUACCUAUCUUGCUAUUUCCCAAACUCUCAGAAAACUGACAUAAAGAAUAUAAUAGUUUUUUGGCAAAAAGGUACUGGUGAAGUGGUACACGAAGUUUACCUUGGCCAGGAAAUAUAUGAUCACCUUAGUCCUAAAUACAUAAAUCGUACCAAGAUGGAUAUGGACAAAUGGACUUUGCAAUUGUUAAAUGUAAGGAUUGUGGAUGAGGGGCUGUAUAAAUGUAUUAUUAUGCACAUGGACCAGGGACCAAAAAAGAUCAUACACGAAUCUGAGUGCUUACUGCACAUCACUGCCAACUAUAGUCAACCUGUGAUAGCACAGCUACACAGUGGGGAACCAAAGCCCAGUGAGAACCUGAAUCUUUCCUGUUCUUCCAGCGGAGGUUAUCCAGAGCCCAAGCAGAUGAUUUGGAUAAUUUCAAGUGAAAACAUAACAGAUAGGCUUAUACAACGCAUGGAUGUCUUACAGGAUGCUGUAACAAAGCUGUAUAAUGUUACCAGCAAGCUGAAUAUCCCAGUUCCUACAAAUACACUCACUAAUAUUAGCUGUUUGCUUCACCUUGGAGAGCAGCAGGGGAGCCUUACCUCAGUGCCACUAGUCAUAGAGAUACAGGCAGAAAAAAUGGAACCGGUGAAAGUAAAUUUCUUUGGCCCACUUAUAGCUGUAAUUGUACUGAUCACACUUCUUCUGGGUUUUUUGAUAUUGAAGAACAGAAAUAUCUCAUCUACCAGCCAGAGUGUCAGUCUCGCAGUCUAAAAGGUAUCCAGCUUGAAAUAGAGGCCAGCAGCUAUAGACUGCUGACUGGGAACCAUUUCUGCACAUAGUGAGGUCUGAGGUCCCAUUGUUUCAGAUGCCGUGCCAGAACAAGAAUCCUCUCCAAACACCCUGCAGAACAACAUGUAAUAUUUCCAUCUGAUGACUGAAAUCCACUGUCCAGUGUUCUUUGCUUUUAUUUUUGCUAUAGAACAGUAGCAAAUACAGUACUCUAUCUGUCUCUAUGAGUUUUUUCUACCCUUUGGGGAAAACUCUCCUGAUUUAAUGGGCUUUUUGGUUGAACAACUGUCAGUGUUCACCUCAGUCUUCUAUAUUAUUAAUUGGCACACACACGAAUUUUCCUGGCUCCUGGUGCAGUUACUCUGGCUGCAGUCCUGAUCACUAAGAGGAAAUGCCACCUUGGACCUUCCUGCACUCAGUGGCUUGAUUCACUUCUGAAUGGACCAAUGUGGUUUUACCUUCUGUGGUACUACCUAGAUAUAAAGAACUGAAUUUAGUGAUCUCAUUAAAUCUGGAAAGAGGAGAUGAAAACUUUGCCAUCCACAUGCCACAAAAAAAAAGAAAAGAAAAGAAAAAAGAAAAAAAAAUAAAGAGAUCUUUCUUCCAACACAAAAAUGUAUUUAGCAACUGGACAGGUAGGAAGAUGGUGAGAUAUGAAGGGCAGAAAUCUACCCACGUUGUCAACAGUAACAAAUAAGAAGAGAAGCAGAGCAAGCCACUGCUCCAACUGUUAUAAGUACAAAGUAUCUUAUUUUCAUUGUUUUCUUUUGCUUUGUUUUUUGCUGAGACUCCUUCACCCUUUGACAAGGCCACAGAAAACAGCCUAGCACUUAGCAGCACUACUCUCACUGUGGCAGAUUUUUUAAGGGCAGAGGCUGACUUGGAAGAAUCCUGAGCGUCUGCAUAAGGAGAAGCUGUUUAAACGUCUAAGCGCUCCUCAAGAUCCUGCAGUCUUCAGUUGUAUGGUUGUGUUUGACACCUGUGACUGUUUUGCUGUAUCUUUCAUUAUGCUCUGUGACACUGUAAAAUGCUGUCAGUGAGAGUCAAUGAAGAGAGCAGAACAGCAAGGAUUGCAGAAGUGAAUGUCUCAGGAAUAGAGUUGGGCACUAACCUGUGAAUCAUUGACCUUGCUGAAAAUAUGAUCAGAGUCAGGGUAUUUAAUCAUGGGCCAUAAAUGCUCUGGGCUUUGUACCAGCAACUUUCUUGUACAUUCCAUGGUAGAAAAAGGAACUUAAAGACACUGCCCCACCUUCUGAGAAAAGCCAUGAAAUUUCCAUAGGGCAUUUAAAACUAGAAAUAACUGAAAGAAAAAAAUUGUUUUGAAUGUAAUUUUUUGUUAUUAUACCUUU